AUGCAAUCGUCUCGAUCCGGGAGAAUCAAUCGUCGGGAGAAAGAACCGCCGCAUGCAAUCGCCUCUGGGAAAAUCAACCCUCGUGGGAAGAACCGCCGCAUGCAAUCGCCUCUGGAAAAAUCGACCCCUGUGGGAAGAACCGUCGCCAUGGAAGUCGAUUAUAACUUAGAAGAGAUAGUUUGGCCGGAGAAGAAGGAGGAUCGAUGA